CCAAACAAGUAUCAGAUCCUUCUUCAGUCUCAUUUUUCUCCGAGCUUACUUUAGUCGCCGUCGGGCUCUAAAGCAUCGACUCCUAAAUUACUCAUAGAAAAUGAAGAUCAGAGAUGCUGUACUUUACUUAUUGAUCUUAGUUUACACAAUUUCAGUUGUCUCUGCAAAUUCUGUCCACGGCUGCGGCGGAUUCGUUGAGGCGAGUUCGUCUGUAAUCAAAUCGAGGAAAGAAACUGAUGCAAAGUUGGAUUAUUCUCACAUCACCGUUGAGCUUCGAACUGUAGAUGGGUUAGUAAAGGAAAGAACUCAGUGUGCUCCGAAUGGAUACUACUUCAUUCCAGUAUAUGAUAAGGGUUCUUUUGUUAUCAGAAUAAGCGGACCAGAAGGAUGGUCUUGGGAUCCUGACAAGGUUCCUGUUGUCAUUGACGAUACUGGUUGUAACAAUAACGAAGAUAUCAAUUUCCGGUUUACGGGAUUUACCCUAUCUGGAAGGGUUGUGGGAGCUGUUGGUGGAAAGAGCUGCUCGGUUAAGAAUGGUGGUCCUGCAAAUGUGAACGUGGACCUUUUAUCUCCUCAUGAUGAUCUCAUUUCUUCAGAAUUAACAAUGUCAGAUGGAACAUAUUUGUUCAAAAAUAUUAUUCCAGGAAAAUACAAAUUACAUGCUUCAAGUCCUGAUUUGAAAAUUGAAGUUAGAGGUUCCACAGAGGUGGAACUGGGAUUUCAAAAUGGUGUUGUUGAAGACAUUUUCUUUGUUGCUGGGUACGACAUCCGCGGUUCUGUGGUUGCCCAGGGAAAUCCCAUCUUGGGAGUCCAUAUAUAUUUAUAUUCUGAUGAUGUCAUUGAGGUAGAUUGUCCCCAAGGUUCUGGUAAUGCCCCUGAACAAAUAAAAGCUCUAUGUCAUGCUGUCUCUGAUGCUGAUGGGAUGUUCACAUUCAAAUCAAUUCCUUGCGGGCUUUAUGAACUCAUACCAUACUACAAGGGUGAAAAUACAGUGUUUGAUGUCUCCCCUUCUGUCGUGUCAGUGUCAGUUGGGCAUCAACAUGUAACAGUUCCCCAGAAGUUUGAGGUUACUGGUUUCUCUAUUGGGGGACGUGUUAUUGAUGCAAAUGGCAUUGGGGUGGAGGGUGUUAAAAUUCUAGUUGAUGGUCAAGAAAGGUCCAUCACCGAUAAAGAAGGUUAUUACAAGCUAGAUCAGGUUACAUCAAAUCAGUAUACGAUAGAAGCCAAAAAGGAGCAUUACAAGUUCAAUAAGUUGAAGGAUUACUUGGUUAAGCCAAAUAUGGCUUCAGUUGCAGACAUCAAAGCAGUUUCUUAUGAUGUUUGUGGUGUCAUAAGAACAGUUGACUCAGGUUACAAGGCGAAGGUAACCUUGACCCAUGGACCAGAGAAUGUCAAGCCACAAGUGAAACGGACAGAUGAAAGUGGAAGCUUCUGCUUUGAGGUUCCACCGGGUGAAUAUCGGAUAUCUGCUUUGAGUGCCACACCUGAGAGUUCCCCCGAACUUCUGUUUUUACCUCCUUAUGCUGAUGUUGUGGUCAAGAGUCCACUAUUUAACGUAGAUUUUUCACAGGCACUAGUCAAUGUCCGUGGUACAGUAGUUUGCAAGGAGCAAUGUGGUGCUUCUGUCUCUGUUACCCUUAUGAGAUUAGCUGGAAAACAUAAGGAAGGGAGAAAAAUAGUGAGCUUGACUGAUGGCAGCACCCAGUUUCUGUUUGCUGAUGUUUUGCCAGGAAAGUACAGACUUGAGGUCAAACACACAUCUCCAGAAGCUGCGUCCAAGGAAGAUAACUGGUGCUGGGAGCAAAGCUUCAUUGACGUGGAUGUUGGUUCUGAGGAUAUCGAAGGCAUUAAAUUUGUUCAGAAGGGUUAUUGGGUUAAUGUUGUCUCUACCCAUGAUGUAGAUGCAUACUUGACACAGCAAAAUGAUUCAGUUAUCAAUUUGAAAAUUAAGAAAGGUUCCCAGCAUACUUGUGUUGAAUCCCCUGGAGUGCAUGAACUUCACUUUGUUAACUCGUGUAUUUCCUUUGGAACCUCAUCAAUGAAGAUUGAUACAUCUAACCCAUUGCCUAUCUAUCUGAAAGGAGAGAAGUAUCUCCUUAGCGGUCAAAUCAAUGUAAAUUCCAGUUCAUCCAAUGACUUGCCUGCGGAUAUAGUUAUGAACAUUCUGAAUGGUGAAGGCACUAUCACGUAUAGCACAAAUGCCAAACUUGCAUCCACUGCAAUUGAUCAAACUAGGACUGCUGUAUAUGAGUAUUCUGUAUGGGCCAAUCUUGGAGAAAAACUUACUUUUCUUCCUAUGGACCCCAGGAAUAAUGAAGAAAGAAAGCUUCUUUUUUAUCCUAGACUACACCAUGUUUCGGUGACAAAUGAUGGUUGCCAAGCUUCAGUACCUCCAUUCUCUGCUCGACUAGGGCUAUACUUGGAGGGAUCAGUUUCUCCCCCUAUUUCCGGCGUUCAUAUACAGAUUAUUGCUGGGGAUGAGGGCAGCAUGGCAUCAAUCAAGAAAGGAGGAGUAGUGCUUGAAACUGCUACAGAAGCAGAUGGGUCUUUUGUUGCAGGACCUCUGUAUGAUGACAUAACUUACAAAAUCAAGGCUUCAAAGCCUGGAUUUCAUCUUAAACAAGUAGGGCCAUAUUCUUUUUCUUGUCAGAAGCUUGGUCAAAUAUCUGUGAAAAUAUUUUCCAAGGAUGAUACACCUGAGCCUAUCCCCUCUGUUCUGUUGUCAUUGAGUGGGGAUGAUGGGUAUAGGAAUAACUCUUUGUCAGGGACUGGUGGAAUAUUCGUCUUCGAGAACUUAUUUCCUGGAAGUUUCUAUCUUCGGCCUCUGCUAAAGGAGUAUGCUUUCUCACCUUCAGCACAGGCAAUAGAACUUGGUUCUGGCGAAUCUAGAGAAGUUGUUUUCCAUGCUACACGUGUUGCUUACAGCGCAAUGGGUGUGGUGACUUUGCUCUCUGGCCAACCAAAAGAAGGUGUCUCAAUUGAGGCCCGCUCAGAGUCAAAAGGUUACUAUGAGGAAACAGUUACUGAUUCAUCUGGGAGUUACCGUUUGCGAGGACUAAUUCCUGAUGCAUUGUAUUUAAUCAAAGUUGUGAAGAAGGAUGGCUUGGGUAGUGCUAAAAUUGAGCGAGCAUCUCCUGAAUCCGUUCCUGUAAAGGUUGGGAAUAACGAUAUCAAGGGACUGGACUUUUUGGUCUUUGAAGAACCAGAGAUGACCAUCUUAAGUGGCCACGUUGAAGUGAAUAGGACUGGGGAACUACAGUCUCAUUUAUUGGUAGAAAUCAAGUCAGCCGGGGACGCUUCUAAAAUAGAGUCCGUCUUCCCACUGCCAUUAUCCAACUUCUUCCAGGUGAAGGACUUGCCCAGGGGAAAGCAUAUCGUUCAGCUCAAAUCUAAUCUCCCUUCUAACACUUAUAAAUUUGAGUCGGAGAUUAUUGAAGUUGACCUAGAGAAGAAUGCUCAAGUGCAUGUUGGUCCUCUGAAAUAUAGUGUGGAGGAGCAUCAUCAUAAACAGGAAUUAACUCCUGCACCGGUAUUCCCUUUAAUAGUAGGAGUUUCGGUGAUUAUUCUCUUUCUCAGCAUUCCAAGACUGAAGGACUUCUACCAAGCUGCUACUGGAAUACCAACACCAGGUUUUAUGACUACUGCGAAGAAAGAAGUGCGGAAGCCGGUUGUGAGAAAGAAGACUUAUUGAGAAACCCUUUUCCAGCGACUUUGGGGCUCAUAAGAGACUGUUAAAAAGUUUAUUCUUCGUUCAUUUAAGAUCGACUUCAAGCCAGUCAGUUUGACGAGUUCAUUAGUCUUAAACUUUAUUAGCUUUUUAGAAUUGAACCUAAUGUAUCAUUGUAGUAGCAAAUGCACGUAGAUGUUAAUGUAUGAACUAGCCCAAGUAAGCUUUAAUUGGAUUUAAAA